AUGCACGGGAAAAAAAGUGCUACAGUUUGGCUUGAACCUGAAACACACCCUGAAAAUAUAUUAAAUGAAUUGGAAGAUAGGCUGAUUGGUAGAAGCGAUAAUGGUAAUGGUGAUGAACGUUUUGAUGAAGAAAUAAAAAUUGGUUUCCCUGAAUUUGACGAUUUAAUAAAAAUCGGGAACGAAGGAUUUAAACCACAUUUAUCUUUAGGUCAAUUUAGAGACGAGGUGUCGGCGAAAAACGCAAUAAAUAAUUUUUCUUCUAAAUUUUCAAGUGAUCCUAUAAUUGAAUUCGAUGUGACGGAAUUGUAUUGGAUCAUUCGUGUAUCUGGUAUGCUUGGUUCAUGCCGUCCAGUACCUAAAGGUGAUAAAACAAUUGCUUUCUGGCUAAUUGAUAAAGAAAUGUAUACUAAUAUGUCCGAUUUGGCUCUUCUCCCUCCAAUUAUUGAUCAUGGAAUGGAAUUACAUAUGAUUAUCAGGCUGUUAUUAACACUUGGACUUGGAGGUAAAGGAUAUCUUAAUUUUGAAGACAAUAAAUUUGGGCAUUUAGAUUGGUUAGAUUUCCUCGUCAAGAAAAUAAUAAUUCAUAUCAUUAUGCAAGAAUAUCGUGAUGGUAAACUUUUAAGAUACAGAUAUUUGAAUGAGCUUGAUAAAGCCAUGCAAAUUUGGAAGAAAUCAUGGUUGGUUAUAAGGUUAUUAUGUUUGAACGAGGAAACUUAUGGAUUCCAAUUUACAUCCUGUAAAUUCAUUCCUGACUAUAAAGAUGGUCUGGAAAACAUACAAAAUUAUAUUGAACUCGGGUAA